UGUUGUUGUUGUUGUUGUUGUUUGCUAGAUCUUCACCGCCUUGACCAUCUAAACUUAGCGACUUGCCAAGUGCGUUCUGCCUUGCUCACUCGCUCUCACAAUUUUCAUCGGGAAAGUCGUCUGUGCUGUUAAGUCAGCUCGGAGAAGAUGACGGACAAUAAAUCAGAGCUCGAUGUUGAGAGCGCGAAGGUGGAAUUUAGCGCGACUGUUGCUCAAUAUGAUUCCUCCGGCCCCAUCACGGAGGCCGAGAAGGCGUUGCGAUGGAAGCAGGAUAAGCGCAUCGUGCCAUUGUCGGCUGGCAUCUACUUCCUAUGCUAUUUAGAUCGGUCCAACAUAGGGAAUGCCAAAAUCAUGAACGCGUCGACUGGCGACGAUCUCAUGACUGAGACCGGCAUGACCAAUUUUCAGUACACCAUCUCGCUCAUGAUUUUCCUUGUAGCGUAUGGUCUAUUUGAAGUCCCCUCCAACAUCCUACUCAAGAAGCUGAGACCGUCCCGUUGGAUCGCGUUUCUCAUGUUCGCAUGGGGCGCUCUCACAAUGGGCCUCGGAGGUGUUCACAGUUAUGCCACCGUGACCGUUGUUCGGUUCUUGCUCGGGGUGUUUGAGGCUGGUCUGUUUCCUGGUCUCGUCUACUACCUCACUUUCUGGUACAAGACCGAGGAGCGGAGUAUUCGCGUGGCUUUUAUCCUCGCCUCGGCGACUCUCGCAGGAGCUUUCGGGGGUGCUAUCGCUUAUGGCAUCGGACAUAUGAAUCAAGCCGGUGGUCUCUCUGCUUGGCGCUGGCUAUUCAUCAUAGAAGGAGUGCCGUCAUGCCUUUCUGCUUUAUUAGUCUGGUUCCUACUACCAGAUUACCCCGAGGAUGCAAAAUGGCUGAGCACCCAAGAAAGGGAUCUCGCAGUCCAACGACUUCACAUCGAGGGAAGCAAGGGUCACCACAAGGCGAUGACUUGGGUCGAUGCCAAGGCGACCUUAGUUGACUGGAGACUUUGGGGCCAUUAUCUCGUUUAUUUUGGCAUUUCAACUCCGUUUAGCUCGCUUUCGCUGUUUACCCCUUCCAUCACGGCAGGUUUGGGUUAUCACGAUCUUCAGGCCCAGUUAAUGACCGUGCCGCCGUAUGCUGUCGCUUAUGUGGUCCAAAUCCUGACCUCCUGGUCAGCGGACCACUUCAACGCUCGUGGUCUACACUCGGCCGCAUUGGCCACUAUCGGAGCCGUUGGUUUCUUGGCAUCGGCCGUGCUGCCGGCGGACGCAUAUGCGUCCCGAUACGGAUGUCUGAUUGUCGCGGCGUCAGGCGCCUUCGCCUGUAUACCGCCACUGCUAGGUUGGCUUUCAUCCAACAUCUUCAGCACCGCCUCGGUCGGUCUUGCAAUCGCGCUGAACAUUGGUCUGGGCGGUGCGCCUGGCCAGAUCGUAGGCGUCUGGAUCUACAAGGCGGAUGAGGCACGGCUAGGAUACCCUACGGGUCAUUGGACAAAUGCGGCCCUGCUUUUUAUGGUGGCAGUGGGUUGUGUAAUGCUAAGGGUGUACUAUGCGCUCCGCAAUAGGAAGAUAAUUCGUGGUGCCACCGAUGGGGAGGAGGUCCGGCUGUUCAAGUACUGAGCGAUAAAUACUAUUUUUCGAUUAUUUUAGAAAGCCAAUUAUAUACACGCGCCUAUGAUAAGGGUAUUAAUACAUAUAUGAAUUUAUGAGGGAGAAUGAGAUUUCUGUAAAUUAAUGCCAAGGGCUUGAACUUGCUGGUAGUCACUGCUCCGUUGAUUAGAAUGCCCCCAAGGACUCCCAAAAAUAUUUUCUAAUUAAACGAUUUUUACCGUUAGGUACCUACCUAUCAUAUAUUCGUACUAAAUCCUCCGUCUCGAGUUACCAUAUUCUGUAUAAUAUCUUAUAACGACCUCAUAUUUAAGGGAAGUCGUUAUUCUACGC